AUGCGAACUUUUAGCGCCAAGGUGCGGUUCGUGGUACUGCUCCUGUCUUGUCUGGUGCCCGAUGCGAGACAAUUGGCGACGACGGCCAGGCUCAACGCCGAGCGUCUGGCUGGAUCCGGAGGAGUCGUGAGAAUUGGUCAUCUACAGCCAAACAAUCCCAACAUUGCACAUGAGCCGGAGAUUCUCAAAAUGUGUGCCAAAGAUUUGAAGGAGAGAAAGAUCCUUCCGAUUAACUAUACUUUGACAGUCAUGACAAUGGAAAGCUGCAACAAGUUCUCCGGAGUCGAGCAUGCAGCUUAUUUGCACUACAUGAAGAAUGCUACAAUUUACUUUGGCCCAGGAUGUAAUAAUGGUGAGUCUUUUCGAUAA